GGGGCGCCGCUGGCUGGAGGGAAAGGCUCGCAGGCAGCGCGGGGGCUCCGCCGGCCCGCUCUCUGCCCCCCCGCCCGUCCGGGGAAGGGUCCCCACCGGCCCCGAUGGAGCCCAAGCCGCGGCUCUUCAAGCGCGCCGCCUCCCCGGCCGGCCGGAUCUGCUCCCCGCCGCCCGGCUUGACGUCAGCGGGCCCCUGCUGCUGCCCGGACGGCAGCCCCCCGGCCGCCGGCUUGCACUGCGGGCUCAUCGCCCCCUACAAGCCGCCGCCGCCCGCCGCCGGCAACGCCGUCUACACCGUGCUGGUGGGGGACGCCUCGCUCCGGAGGAGAGGCAGGCGCCGCAGCUGCGAGGACGGCAGCGGCGGCGGGAAGAGCCCCCCCGGCAAAGGCCGGCUGCAGGUUUUGCAGAAGAGCCCCACUCACUGCAAUGGAAGAGUGCUUUCGGGAGAAGCAGAACCAGGGAACGGCCGACCCCGGCACCUUUCUGAGCCCUUGGUGCUGAAGCAGCCGGAGGAAGAGACGUCAGCACUGCAACUCCUGGACCAGACACCUCUGCGCCAUUCACCCUACAUCCCGGUGCCGAGACAAAGGAAGCUCCCAGAGAAGGCAGGAAUUGACGAGGUGAUGGCGGCUGCGGUCCUCACCAGUUUGUCCACCAGCCCUGUUGUGCUGAACAACCCACCUAGCGGCUUCGGUGCAGAAACGAGCUGUGACACAUGGAAGGAAGCUCCUGCCAUGUCUUCGAGUUGUAGCAGCAGCAGCAACAACAGUGGGGACUGGAGCUGGGACCCCCCGAGCGACCUCUCCACCCCCUCAACGCCGUCACCGCCGUUGUCCACCGACAUCGCCACCGGUUUCCUUUCAUCUCUGCAGUCAGACAUCGAGGAGACCGAAGCGACUCACUUCCUGUUUGGGGACCCCAUCCCUCGGAAGAGAAAGAACUCCACCAAGGUGAUGUUCAAGUGCCUAUGGAAGAACUGUGGGAAGGUGCUGAGCAGUUCCUCUGGCAUGCAGAAACAUAUCAGGACCACCCACCUGGGACGGAAGGCAGACCUGGACCAGAGCGACGGGGAGGAAGAUUUCUACUACACCGAGCUGGACAUCAACGUGGACUCCCUCACGGACGGCCUGUCCAGCCUGACUCCCGUCUCUCCCACCUCCUCAGUGCCUCCAGCCUUCCCCAUCCUCGAGGAGGCACAGGCGGUCCCGCCAGUUCCAGUGAAGCCGGAGGCUCCCAUGGUGUCUCCCCUGAACCUGUCGGCAGCUACGACUAUCCUGAGCCAAUCAGCACCCACCAGCUUGUGCCAUAUCCAAACUGACCAUGCCUAUCAGGCUAUGGGUCCUUCCGGCCUCCAGGCCGACCUGAAAUCUCCACCCCCGGGAAUGGAAAUCAGCAUAGCCUGGCAGCAGCCCUCCCUUUUUCCACCUCCAUUGCCCCCGGUUCUUUUUAAAAGCCCCUCAGGCUGCUUAACUCCCAUCCGGCCAGCUGAUGUAGGAGAGAGGCGCCCACAGGUGUCUCCCAUGCCAAUUGCCAAAGGACAUCCCUUAGUGCCCCCUUCCAUGCCAAAGCCUACAACUGGCACUAGGAAGCCACGCGGUGAGGCCAAGAAGUGCCGCAAGGUGUACGGGAUGGAGAACCGCAGCAUGUGGUGCACUGCCUGCCGCUGGAAGAAGGCUUGCCAGCGCUUCGUCGACUGAGUGGCCCCUUCCACGGGACGCUGGCUGCCACGCUUGGUCCCGGUGGAGUGUUUUGCACUUGGUGCCUUCGAGCCUGACCUCCCUGUCCGUCCACUCACCCGCCUCCCUGGCAACGCCCCCACCCGAUGUGGGGGCUCGCGUCUGUGCCUUGGCUCAGGAAAAAAAGAGCAUCUGAUAUGGACUGGACUGUGGUGAUGCAGCUGUUCGGAUGCGCGGAAGGAGGACGAGAGCACCGCUGGCCCUCCCCUAUCCCUGCGGCCUAUUUAGAGAGCCGCUCGGGGUUUCCGAAGCCCAAAAUUGGAAGCUUCUAAGCUUGUGUUUUUUUUUUGUUUUUGUUUUGAAUUGCCUGCCUCCCCCACCCCUCCCGGCUUUCCUCGGGUUUCCGGCAUCUUAGUCCGCCUGCACAUGUGAAUAUGGAGUUUCCCUUUGGAAUAAGCUAUUUCUGUGCUGUUCUCCCCCUCUCCCCUUUACCUCUGCUCCUCUUCGGUGCCUCUCAGCCUUCCCUUAGACCGGGGAGGUCCGGCGAUGCCCUCGUGUUGGGAAGUUCCCACAUGAAGGAUGAUCCAAAGAGCCGAGAGAAGCCGAGCAAGCAGCUGCUUGUUGGGCCUUGGGAGGAGAGGAAAGCAGACGGUUCCGCAACGGGGAGCAUGAAAUCUCCCUCUCUUGUUUUCUUGGGCGUUUCUUUUUGCUUUGGCAAACAAUGACUGACGAAGCUGGUGUUCGAAGGAAAAGAAACGCUCUCUCCCUCCGUCGCCUCCUUCCCUAAAACCUCUUCAGGUAUUCGCAGCAGUAAGAGUUUCGUGAACAGAAAGAUCUUUCUUUUAAAGGUGCCACAUUUGAUCCGAGACACGUGGUGGGGAGAAGCUAUCCUGUGCUCCUGGAAUCCCGGCUUUCUGUCUCUCGUCAUUUGUACACACACUCCCCCGGCUUCUUCCCUGUGGGGCCUGCCGAAGAUGGCCCUGCUAUAGGAAACGUUGAGACUUUUGCCUUUGGAUAAAAGUGGCUCCAUCUGGUAUGAUGGGAUUCUCUCGGUCUGUUGCAAGGAAUAAGCUAUGCAUGGGAAAGAACGGGGUCCUUUCCCUAGCGAUCCGGAGUGGAUUUGCUUUCCAAAUUCCCCCGACUACACAAAGGGGCGCUUUCCCCUUCCAGCGGUGACUUCCACAUUCUCUUAAGUUUAACGCCGGUAGGAAAACAAGACGAGCACCAGAUCUGUCUUGGGACUGCUUCAGGAUGGCAAAGUCGGACAUUUUCGGUGGCAAAACUCAACUUUUUGCCAUUUCGUGACAAAUUUGAAUUUCAAAAUCAGGAUUCUUUUUUUUUUUAAAGUCUGACUUUCAUAUUUGGGAAGCUUGCCAAAUGCUGAACGUGAAUGCUGUCCUUUAACUUGCUCUUGCUCUUAUGUCUGAAAAUGCUGAGUCUCCUCUUUCAUUGCUUUUUGGGGUGGGGAUUGAAGGUUCAUGGUGGAGAGUUUGGUAUCCAGCAGUGUUGACCUGUUGUGCACUUAAACUGUACCGUGUGCAUGUGGGGGAGGGGCAGGAUCUCCAGUACCCGCAAUGUGUCCAAAAGGUGCUGUGGCUUUAAAUGGAGUCUAUCCAGUAUCAUUCUUGGAUAUGGGGCUGGAGGGAGCACAAGCCUGUGGGGGAAGCACUUCUGCAUCGAGACCCUUGCAAGAAAUGGGAAAUACGUGGGAGGCAUCCCAGGAGACACUUUCUUGUGCCCUAAACAUUUUAAUUGGGGGAAAGGACCCCUCUAGGAUUCCUCCCCCCGCCCCCAAUAUGUUAAAAACCUGUUGAUGUUCUUCAGACAUUGUCCUAUUCCAUCACUAGGCAGGCUGUUUUGAAAUUAUUUCGGUAACAAGCCAAAACUCAGCUGGUCUCUGUAAACAAAUCCCCCUAAGGUUUUAAUUGUAAAGUUUGCCUCGACCUUUCACAUGUCUAAAACUCAGCCAGCUGAAGAACGGGAAGCUAAUAAUGGCAAUCUUAAGAUACGGCCGUCAGUGGGGGGAAAACGGCUGGUUUUUUUGCACAAUCCACCAGGAGCAAAAGCUUCCCUGAAUGAAUGGAAGGUGCGCAGGAGCUCAUGCGUGGCUGGUCAGCGCUUCCUGGGGGAAAUUUUCCCAUGGGAUGUUGUGGGCGGGCUGUGCCCGUUGGCCUUAUUCUUUUAAAAAAAGGAGGCUGAUCAGUUUCGGGAGCACGUGCCAGAAAGUGCCUGAUUGGAUCUCUGCUCUUUGCACUACGACCGGCCGGGAGGAGGACCAAUUUUGGGUCCUUCAGAGAAAUGGAACCGAAGCAAAGUUGGUGUUUUUAGUUGGGGCUUCCUAAGUGUCCCCCUCUCCCAUUUUUUUGUUUUGCUCCCAGUAAGUAGGUUGGUUCAUACAGAGAGCUACAUUUCCCACAAUGCGUGACAUUUCCCCCUCUGUUAUCUCUCUCUCUCCCUGUAAGCAAACUUGCACUGGCUGUGGAGAGAGGCAGUAUCUACCCCCACUCCCCCAGUUCAAACUUUUGGCCACAGCAAGAGCUGGACAAAGUCCUCGCGAGCAUUCAUGUUGGAAGAUAAUCAGCCCUUCCCUACUCAGCACCCCCCUCCCUGUUCAGAGUAGCCUUUUGGAGGCUAAAGUUGCAAUCCUAUGUACACAUUUGCUUAAGAGUAAGUCCCAUUGAACUGGGGGGCUUAAUUCUGAGUAAAUAUUGGGAUCAUCCUACAUAGCAAACAACGUGUGUGUGUUUUUUGGGAAGAUUGAUUUGUUUAAAAAAAACUUGGAAUUUGGCACAAAAGCACGGGUGGGCGGGUUUAUAUUAAAAGUUUUUUAAAACAAGCAGGCCUAAUGAUGGGAGAGGAAGGCUGUGAUCCCAUUGGAAAUGGGCUGAGUGGGCUGAAACACAUGCUCGUAAGAGUCAGGUGGUUCAGCUGAGCGAUACCACGUGAAGCUCUUCGUUGUGGGGUGAGCGGGAUUUAUCUUCCACGCUGCCCAAAGCACGGCAGGGAAAGGCUAGCAUAGAACGCGCCCAUUUUCUGAAGUAGGGAAACAUUUAAGAAUGACCCCCCCCCCCCAUACGCACACUUCAAUGUGAACUGGUACAGUCCAGCAGUACAUUUUUAUGUGAGACUGCUGACCAUGCGUGGCAGGGCUAUCCCAUUUUAAUGGACUGCCACCUUGUGGCUGGAGGUAGAACAGCAAAGGGAGUGCAGGGCACUCCCCCCUCCUCUCAGCUCAGCCCGGUUGUAGCCUUGGAGUGUGUGAAUGGAAAAAAGUCUGAAAUGAAGAAUUGGAACAAUGGCUUCUACAGUAAAAUAGCAGGGUCCGAGUCUAGUGGCAACUCAGAGAACAACAAGAUUUUCAAGAGUGUAAGCUUUUGAGAGUCAGAGGUCCCUUCUUCAGUGGGAGCUCUUGACUCUCAAAAGCUUAGACUCUGAAAAUCUUGUCGGUCUCUUGAGUUGCCGUUAGACUCAGACCCUGCUGUUCUUCUGCAGCCCGACACAGCUAUCCCUCUAAGCCACCUUCUACAGUGAACAGCUUUAAAGGAUGGGCAUCAUACUGACUUUUGGCCUUUCUCGAACUCUGGUCUUCCCCCAUACUUGAGGUUGGGACAGAUGAUUAAGGGUGACUGAAAUGCCUAUGGUGAGAAAUGGAAUUAAAGCCAAAACCCCUUCUUGGGUUGUCAGCUGACCAAGAUAAAUCCUUGGACCUGCUCCUGUGCCUGGAAAAUCAGCUCGCUCGGCAGCAGGUGAAGCUUUUCCUGCAUUGUGGGGAGAAGCUUCGGUUCUUGCCGUUGGCUCUGCAGACUCCAGAGUAUGUGGCUGUUAAAAGUGCUGGAGCAGGUACUGGCUAAAAAGUUGGCAAUCCUGUGUUUCCCCCCCACAGAAUAAAAAGUAUAUUUAAGUUGGGUACUUAAAGGGUGUACGUUUACUUUUUUAAAAAAAUAGAAGUGCAGCCAAAAAGAGAGCGAGAAAAUCCUCUGGAGAAAUCGGGGAGUGUCCGUUAAUCUGCAGAGCCAAAUUUUACCAUCUGAUAAAAAGCAGAUCUAAUUCAUGGUAUUUUGUUGCCCUGAGCAAGGGGGGGUGUGCCGAUCCCUUUCUGGGCCCUCCUCUGCUGGCAGCAGUACAGGCCUUGGAAGGGAUGCCGUUCCCUUUCCGCUAAUGGUGGGGAGCAAGCCGCCCCGCCCCAAAAAGUGAAUCGGUGCUUACGAGCUGGGCUGCUCCAGCAGUUACUUGUUGAGUAGGUGUGUCCCUUUGAGGAGACUUAGUUCCCUCUUGGGGGCAGGAGGCUCAAUAAGCGACUUUCCUUCCAGAUUUCGGCAGUGCCACAAGAAAGCUGUUAAAUAUUGAGAGAUCCAAAAGAUUUUCGUUGGAAAAGACGGAUGCGCACAGGACGAUAUCUCAGACUUUGGGAACCCGGCUUGGGUCGACUAAAAUGCUUGCCGUUUGAUUUCAUGGCAAGUCUGAGAUGUUUACUGACUGGUAUUUUUGUCCCGCAACAAAUGUCACGAGCUCAGUUUAAAAAAAACAAACCCAAAGCGACAGUUUCCGAGUUUAGGUGAGCGGGCGUGUCCCUCUCUGGGUCAGCUUUUUAAUUCGUGUUCCAGUUGGCAUGCACAAAAGGAUCGGCAAGCUGGUCAUGGAAGCCUAGCGAGGGCCCACCUGUUAGGGGUGAGAGAGUCUUAGCUGGCUUGUUGUCGAGUCAACCUGGGUGAUGAGUAUUAAUUCACUUUACGUGGAUCCUUGGUGGUCCAUUGUAAUAAAUGCGCUUUAUUUCAGCAGGAAUGUCUGAUAGUUGGAGAACAUUGACAUUCACAGACCUCGCGCUGAGCAUCCUGCUAAAUUUUUGGAAGGCUUGACAACGCUUUUUGUCCCUUCGGUGUUGAACUCUGAGAACUGCAUUUUGGUGCUGAUCAAUACUGAGUUUUAAGGCACUAACGUCAUUCGACAGGGAACUGUUGCGAUUCACCAAACUUCAGACAUUCCACUGGGAGGCUGAAUUUACUCGUGGGGCAGAGUUCAAUAGUAGAGUGAGAUGGUAUAUGGGAUGGCAGGUGGAGUCCAUCUUUAAGAAUGCUCCCUUGCUUGUAAAAAAAAAGAGACUCUCCCUGCAUGUAGAAAAGGAGCUCUGCUAAAUCUGUUUUUCCUUAUGACCUAGACUUUAUGUGCAGGGAGUCUUCACAUACGCUUGCAGGGGAAAAAAGUAUCUCCUGCAGUCCCUCUGCUGUUCUGGGGUUGCCCACUCAUUCUGCAGCUUGUGUGGAUCAGCUUGUAAAAGAUCUGUCGAGGGAUCAGUCGGGGCUUGGCAAAGUUCAGAGUCUGACUGUCGACUUAGUCUGCUGAGAAGGGAUUGCGGCUAGAAGCAGACCCUUACUCUUGCUGACCAACCAUCCUUUUGUCUAGAAGGUGCAGGGGUCAGGAGAAGGCCUUUCCCAAGGAACCGGCACUGAAAGUUCCCUCUCUGCCUGGUGCAGCUGCUGCCAUUCAGCUGGGUGAGGCUUAAACGAGGGAAGGUCUCACCACUUCUUUCCCAUACGGCUUCCUCUGCAGUCAAGAGCUGUGGGCAAAUCAGAAAAAGGACGCUUCCUAGCAUGGAAGCUUUCUUCCAAAGAGGCCUUUGCAGGGCCGGGCCUCCAAGUGUGCCUUCUGUGCCCCUGUGCUUUUAAUUACAAGUUUGUUUUUUGUGCAUUGCCACGGGUAUCAAUCGGGUGAUUUAGGAUCACUUGGAAGAAAUAGCACAUCUCCC